GAAGGAGGAAGAGGGGGAUAUGGUCUGCCUCUGCGAGGUUCGUGUGCCGGAGAAGUGUCAAGGAUCAAACCUAGUCGAUAUGCUUCGUGGAAAUAGCGGAACGUGUCUUAACGCAAACGGAUCGACCCAGCAGGCCAACUGCUGCUGACCGUUAGUCCGUCACGACGCACCAACUCCGGCGCGCCCGUGGCGUGUCCGAGAAUACCCGGUCCUCGCGGCGCAGCGCAACUCCCGGAGCUCACCACCGCCGCGGCAGCCGUCGGACGUGUCCUCCGUCGGCAUCUCUCCACGACAGCUCCGAGACAGCGGAAACGCAGGCGCGAGCGCGAGGCUGCCGGGGUCGGCGGGCGGGCGGAUGGAGCUGUUCGAGCGCGCCAAGACGGUGCGGCUGCGUGGCCACCACGACAAGUACAUGUACGCCGACGACGACGAGUCCCACGUCCAGCAGGACCGCAACGCCGCCUCCCCCAACGCGCGCUGGACCGUCGAGCCCGUCCCGCACGCCCCCGGCGUCAUCCGCCUCCGCAGCCGCUACGGCCGCUACCUCACCGCCUCCAACGAGCCCUUCCUCCUCGGCCUCACCGGCCGCAAGGUGCUCCAGACGCUGCCGCACCGCCUCGACUCCUCCGUCGAGUGGGUCCCCGUCCGCGACGGCAAGCACGCCCGCCUCCAGACGCGCUACGGCAACUACCUCCGAGCCAACGGCGGCCUCCCGCCGCUGCGCAACUCCAUCACGCACGACGUCACCCACCACCGCCAUACCGGGUGGAUCCUCUGGUGCGUCGAGAUCGUCCAGGUCCUCCCGUACCCCCACCCGGUUGAAUCCUCCGACUCCAGCAGCUCCGCCCCCUCCUCUCCCCCGCAUUACAAGCCGCCUUCUCGCUCGCCCUCGCCCUCUCCUUCUCCCUUGCCCACGGCGGCGCUCCGGCCGCACCUACCGCCGCACCACCGUACGGCGACCCCGUUCGUAGCGCAACCUCCGCCGCCGCCCCCGGGCUCCCUGGUGCCACCCACCGGCCUCUUCAGGCUCGAGUCGACGGACUCUUUCUCGGUGCCGGUGACGAUGCACAAGGUGGAGGGCCGCCUCAUCCACUACCACAUUGGGGAUGGCAAUGGCGACGUGGACGAUGACGACGAGGGCCACUCCUUCACGUUCAACGGGACCAGCCUCCAGGAGCUGCUGGAGAGGCUGCAGGACGAGACGGGGCUCAACGACGUGAUCAUCUGCUCGCGCAGCCCCAUCAACAGGAAGCUCAUGCCGCUCCGCCUGCAGCUGCCACCAAACAACAACGCCAUGCAUAUCGUGCUCGUGCAGGAGUCCUCCAAAGUGGCAAAAUCUUUUCCGUGACCUUUACGGUCUAUAAAAUUUGGAGAUGGUGCACCAGUUGGAGUAAAGUGCAGGACUGUGCAUCCGUUGUGUGUAGUGUGUAGCUUUGUUUGUUUCUGCUAGCUAACAUAUAAUUCACUGUUAUUUUUCACAUCCAGAUUGCUAAGUACUGUAAAGUAUUUGCUUUGUUUGUGAAUGUUGACAAUUUUUCUCUCACGGUCCAGAUACA